AUGGCGCCAGUAGAUGGAGGUGCUCCUCUGUCCGCCGCGAGAGCUCGCCUCUCAGGUCCACCAGGCAUCAAGGGUAUCAUUGCAUCAGGCAAGACCACUGGCAUUGCCUUCUUUGCCUCGCUUGGUGGUUUCGUAUAUGGCUACAAUCAGGGCAUGUUCGCCCAGGUCUUGACCAUGAAUUCCUUUAUCAGAGCUGCAAGUAACACGAACUUCCAAGCAUGUGCAUCUAUGUUAAUGAGUUUCUCANNGACCAACAAUUAUGCUAGUGGAGUUGGUCUUGCCCAAGGUUUACUGACUUCGAUUUUGGAACUCGGUGCCUGGGUUGGAACUCUCAUCAAUGGCUAUCUGGCCGAUGCUGUCGGAAGACGUUGGUGUGCACUAAUUGCCUGCUGUGUGUUCACCAUCGGUGUUGUUGUUCAGGCCUGCACUGUCAAUAAAGACUAUGUUCUUGCAGGUCGUUUCGUUACUGGAUUAGGUGUCGGAUCUCUGUCGAUGGUCGUCCCACUGUACAACGCCGAGCUUUCGCCNCCUGAAAUUCGAGGAUCUUUGGUAGCAGUGCAACAGCUUGCCAUCACUUUCGGCAUCAUGAUUUCCUUCUGGAUCGGAUAUGGUGAGUGCAUACCGAUGAAAGAAAUCUGCAGCUCCAGAAUUGACAGACGACANGGAACAAACUUCAUCGGAGGCACUGGUGAUUCGCAAUCAGACGCCGCUUGGCUGGUACCAAUCUGUAUCCAGAUCCUUCCUGCUCUCAUCCUCGGAGCAGGUAUGAUGAUGUUUAUGCCCGAGUCGCCACGCCACCUGAUGAAUCAAGGCCGNAGGGAAGAGGCACUCACAACAUUGGCCCGUUUGAGAAACAAGACCACCGAAGAUAUGGGCGUGCGCGUCGAAUACCUCGAAAUCAAGGCUCUCCGCGACUUUGAAGUCGAGACCGCACGUAAGAAGUAUCCUCAGUAUCAGGAUGGAAGCUUCAAGAGCAACUUCUUGAUUGGCUUCCAUGACUAUGCUUCCUUGAUCACCAACCCAUCCCUACGCAGACGAACUAUGGCAGCAUGUUUGACGAUGACUUUCCAGCAGUGGAACGGCAUCAACGCCAUCAACUACUAG